GGAGACAUGGCGGAUGAUCUACCCUACCAAGCUGAGUACGCCAAGAGUGGCCGUGCUUCUUGUAAAGGAUGCAAAGGAAAUAUCGAAAAAGGUUCUCUACGACUCGCCGUAAUGGUGCAGUCUCCAAUGUUCGAUGGGAAGGUGCCCCAUUGGUAUCAUCAAAUGUGCUUUUUUGGGAAACAACGGCCCCGAACUGUUGCUGAUGUUGCUCAUUAUGAUUCUCUGAGAUGGGAAGAUCAAGAGAAGAUUAAGGCAAAAAUUGAAAGUGCUAGUAGUCUUCCUGCUGCUGGCUCAAGCAGUAGUAGUAAAGGAGGCAAGAAAGGGAAGAAGGGGGCAGCCCAGGGCGGCAUGCAAGAUUUUCUUACUGAAUAUGCUAAGAGUGGUCGUGCUAAGUGUAGAGGAUGUGAGAACAAGAUUCUAAAGGAUGAAGUUAGAAUUAGUAAAAAAGAAUAUGAAAGUGAUCAUGCAAAAAGAUAUGGUCCGGCGGACCAGUGGCAUCACGUUGAUUGCUUUGUAAAAAAGCGUGCAGAACUAGAGUUUUUUGAAAGUGCUGAAGUGCUUCCUGGAUACAACACACUUUCUGCAGAUGAUAAGAAGAUGUUAAAGAGUAAACUGAAGAAAAUUGAAAUAAAACGUAAGGCCGAGGAUGAGCCUGAUACUGCCUCCAAAAAAAUUAAAACUGAAGAUGAGGAAGCAGUACGCAAGCAGAACAAAAAAAUGUACGCACACCGCGAUGAGUUAUCCAAAAUCCUCCACAAAAAGGAACUUUCCUAUAUUUUGGAAUGCAAUGAUCAGUACAUUCCUUCUGGAGAUAGUAGAAUGCUUGAUGUUAUUGUUGAUAUCAUGACUUUUGGAGCGAUGGAAAAAUGUGGAGUUUGUAAAACUGGAAAUUUUAUUUAUGAGUAUGGCAAGGGCUAUGUAUGUCAUGGUAACCUUACAGAGUGGACAAAAUGUACAAAUGUUAUCGAAGAACCUAAACGGCGGGUAUUCCAAGUGCCCGAGGAGCUGAAGAAAUUUCCAUACUUUCAAAAGUACAAGUUUAAGGGUAUUGGAAAGAGGAUCUGGAUUGAUCAUGGCCCAACCAGUGCUGAGGUUGCUGAAAAAAAAGAAAAUGGGAAUGCUUCGCCAGAAGCAAAACUACCACUAAAAGAUAUGAAGUUUGUAAUUGUUGGUAGUAAGUUUUCCAAAGAUAAGAAAGAAAUAAAGAAUAAAAUUAAAUCCUUGGGAGGAGAAGUGACUUCAAAAGUAGAAAAAACUACAGCAGCUGUUAUAACUACUCCAGACUGUAUUGGAGGAACAGACAAGAAGAUUGAUGCUGCAAAGACACUAAAUGUGCAUUGUGUGAGUGAAGAUUUCCUGGAUGAAGUAGAGACAGGAGAUGCUUUGCUUAUGAUCGAAAAGAAGAGCAUCGCUUCGUGGGGUGGUAAUCCUCAAGAGAGGAUUCGCAUUAUCAAGUCCUCUACAAAGUCAAAAUCUGAGUCACGCUUCACUAAGAACAUACCAGAAAAACAGAAGAUAAAGCUGAAGGGUGGUGCCGCUGUUGAUCCUGACUCAGGGCUGGAGAGUACUGUUCAUGUCUACCAGCGUGGGGGCAAAUUAUACAAUUGUGUCCUUGGCAUGGUUGACAUUAUGAGAGGAACAAACUCGUACUACAAACUACAGGUCCUUGAAAGUGAUGAUAAAAAGAGAUGGUGGCUGUUUCGUUCAUGGGGCCGAAUUGGUACAACGAUUGGCAGCAAUAAAUUGAUAUCAUUUGAGGACAUUAAUGAUGCCCUCACACAAUUUACAGCACUCUAUGCAGAGAAAACUGGUAAUUUCUUCUUUGAAAAUGAAUUCAAGAAAGUGUCUGGAUGUUGGUAUCCUUUGGAUAUUGACUAUGGUCAGGAUGAUGAUGAUGAAGCAUUAAAACCUCUUGUGUCUGGAUCCAAGAGCAAAUUAGCAAAACAAGUACAGGAUUUGAUAGUACUUAUUUUUGAUGUGGAUACAAUGAAAAGAUCAUUGGUGGAAUUUGAGAUUGAUGUGAAGAAAAUGCCAUUAGGAAAACUAAGUAAGAAGCAGAUUCAGAAUGCAUACAAGGUUUUGUCAGAAGCUCUAGAGCUGAUGAAGAAGCAAGAGAAGAAACCUGAUGGUGAAGAACUUGAGGAAGCAUCAGAAUCUACUGCUGCUACAGUUAUAGCCCAACUGUUAGAUUGCUCAAACAGAUUCUACACUCUGAUCCCCCAUGACUUUGGAAUGAGGAAACCUCCUCUUCUGGAUGAUUUAGAUCUUAUAAAUACAAAGAUUGGUAUGCUGGACAACCUAAGUGAAAUUGAAGUGGCAUACAACCUACUUAAAUCUGAGGAUGGUGAGGAAGAUAAGGAUGGUGACCCCAUUGAUAAACACUACCGCAAACUCAAAACAAAGGUUGAUGUGGUGGACAAGAAUUCUGACGAAUACAAGAUGAUUCAAGAUUAUGUAUCCAACACACAUGCUUCAACACAUGCACACUACAAGCUGGUUGUUGAGGAGGCAUUCAAAAUUGAGAGGGAAGGUGAGAAGAAACGUUACAAGCCUUUCAAGAAGCUCCCCAACCGUAAACUCCUGUGGCAUGGCUCUAGGCUCACAAACUAUGCUGGAAUUCUCUCUCAGGGUCUGCGCAUUGCUCCUCCUGAGGCUCCCGUUACUGGCUACAUGUUUGGAAAGGGCGUGUAUUUUGCUGAUAUGGUGUCCAAGUCUGCAAAUUACUGUUGUACUUCACAUAGUAAUCCUACUGGCCUUAUUUUACUGUGUGAAGUUGCUCUAGGUGACAUGUAUGAAAGAAAUAAGGCCGAAUAUGUGGAGAAACUGCCUAAGGGUAAGCAUAGUACUAAAGGUUGUGGUCGUACCUGCCCUGACCCAAGUCAAAGCAUUAAACUUGAGGAUGGAGUGGAAGUACCUUUGGGCAAAGGUAUUACAGCAGGUGCUUCCAACACUUCUUUAUUAUACAAUGAGUAUAUUGUGUAUGAUGUAGCUCAGGUCAAUGCCAAAUAUCUUCUUAAACUCAAUUUUAAGUAUAACUAUUAAAGUAGUGUUGUUCCAGAACAAUAGAUCAAUAACAAACUGGAUUAUUUGGGUCUUAUUGCUUAAUAGAAGUACUGUAGAGAAGGAUUUCAAAGUUUUCAGGUAUAUUUUGUUUCAUUGGGACAAAAAUAAUGUUCAUAGACAAGGUUUUUAGUUUUUAAUCUUGCUUCAUAAAAAGGAUUACAGGUUUUAAAAGUUAUAAAAAAAAAGACAAUUUAAUAUAACUUAAUAAAAAAAAUUGUAGUAUUCAGAAGAGAUAUAAAUACUCCUAUGUUUUACCUUCUUAGGUGAAUACCCAUUUAAUAUGCAAUUUAUUAUGGUUGUCACCUUUGUCAUUGUGUUUUUUAUAUCCAACCUUGGAAAUUAUUAACCCUUCAACCCCGACUUACGACUGGGUUAGGGACCCAAAUCCAGAUCGUAAGUCCGACAGAUAUUUUUUUUUUUUUUU